CGCAGUCGUGUCCCUCAAGACGUUCUCGCGGCACUACCGAUGCAGAACGGAAAAUCCGUGUGCCCCAAGUUUUUAAGCCGGUCUGGUUGCUCUCCCCGCUCCCCAGAACGUUGUUCUUACGGUCGCGCCCAUUUCGUUCCAGAGAAGCUCGAACCCGUGGUGCGUCAGUACAUUAUCGAGAGCAUGGGCGGCCUUCGGCGAGACAUGCCCCAAGAUCAAUGA